GUAGUUUGACAAUUGGUCGAUCAGUUUGGUCUCGUUUGCUUUGCAUGCGUCAUUUUGUUUCGGGGGCAGUUCGAUAGACAGUGUAUAUUCACCAAUUCUGUGUUUCCAGGAAGUGAAUCAAAAGUGUGUUAAUGUGUCUUUAAAGAUAAAUAAAGGUGUUGAGUGUGUAAUUUGAAAGUGAUUAUACUUUUUAUAAAAAAAAAAAAUAAUAAUAACAAAUCCCUUAAAAAAAAAUGGAUAAAAUGAUGGCAAUGUUUGAGGAUGCAGAUCCUUUAAAAACAUGGUGGCCUUUCAUUAUUGCUGUUGCUGUUGGGAUAGUUGUUACAAUCAGAACCUUGAUGGGUGGCCAGAAAUGUCCGAAUGUAAAUCAAAUCGACAGACAAAUUGUCAUUGUAACUGGCGGCAACAGUGGCAUUGGCAUGGAGAUCUCCAAGGCCUUGGCAGGACGAGGUGGCCAUGUCAUAAUGGCCUGCCGGGACCUGACCAAAGCAGCACGCAUCGUGACAAUGCUCAAGCGAGAACUCCACUGUCGCACGAAUGGCGAAUAUUUCAUCGAGUCGCGAUACCUCGACUUAAGGUCCUUUGACAGUGUAAGGAGAUUUGCCCGGGACAUUCGCGGCGAAUUCGAGCGUGUUGACAUUCUCAUAAAUAACGCAGGUGUUAUCUUCCAUCCCGAGUCGAAAUCGGUGGACGGUUUCGAGAUGCAUCUGCAGGUUAACUAUCUGUCGCCGUUUCUGCUGACACAGUUGCUGAUGCCGCACUUGAAGAAGUCCGAUAAUGGUCGUAUCAUAAAUGUUUCAGCCCAUGCUCAUGCUACGGCCAAAAUGGACUUUGACGAUCCACUGAAUGUGGGCACAUGGGCUGUGAAAUUCCAUGCACGCGAUGCUUUCUCACACUCCAAGUUGGCUGUAAUUCUGGCAACCAAAUGGCUGGCAAGGGAGUUGAAAGGUUCGACGGUGACUGUGAAUGCUUGUACACCGGGACUGGUCCGAGGCACAUCGCACCUGAGAAACUCACCUUUGAUGUCGGCUAUGUGCGUCAAGCUUAUGACAUUUCCAUGGAUGUGGUUGUUUAUGAAAAAUCCACAGGAGGGCGCUCAAACUGCCAUACGCCUUUCUACUGAUCCACAACUGAAGCAUGUUACUGGCGAAUACUUUAACGAUUGUGAGAUAGCAACACCAUCAGAGAUGGCAAAGGACAAGGAACUGGCAAAGAGAUUAUUCAUGGAAACAAUGCGGGUACUGAAGUUGACAGGUGGCGAUGAUGAAAAGGAUUAGCACAAGGAUGCCUCAAAACAAUUUUAUUAUAAUAAAUUUAACAAUGUUUAAAAGACUUUACAAAAUAUACUAGUAGAGACGAUGAUGAUGGAAGAAGAAGAUGGUUGAAUAUUAUUAUAAUAUUGAAGAAGAGGAUGGAA